AGGCUCUGAAUCAAGAUCAAAAUGGAUAUCCGGGGAGCUGUGGAUGCUGCUGUCCCCACCAACAUUGUUGCUGCUAAAGCUGCUGAGGUUCGGGCUAACAAAGUCAUUUGGCAGUCGUAUCUCCAGGGGCAGAUGAUUUCAGCUGAUGACUGUGACUUUAUUCAAAAAUUUGAAAAGAAAAGAAGCCCAGAAGAGAAACAGGAGUUGCUACAAACCGAAGGCCACCAGUGCGCUAAAACAUUCAUAAACCUGAUGACUCAUAUCUCCAAGGAACAGACAGUUCAGUACAUUUUAACUAUGGUUGAUGAUAUGCUGCAGGAAAAUCACCAGCGUGUUAGUAUUUUCUUUGACUAUGCAAAACGAGGCAAGAACACUGCCUGGUCCUACUUUCUGCCGAUGUUGAACCGUCAAGAUCUUUUCACUGUGCAUAUGGCAGCCAGAAUUAUUGCUAAACUGGCAGCUUGGGGAAGAGAACUUAUGGAAGGCAGUGACUUGAACUACUACUUCAAUUGGAUUAAAACCCAGCUGAGUUCACAGAAACUACGUGGUAUUGGAAGUGCUAAUGAAACUGGAACUGAUAGUUCACAAUAUGUGCAGUGUGUCGCUGGAUGUCUGCAGCUGAUGCUGAGGGUCAAUGAAUAUCGUUUUGCUUGGGUGGAAUCUGAUGGGGUGAAUUGUAUCAUGGGCGUGCUGAGUAACAAAUGUGGCUUCCAGCUCCAGUAUCAGAUGAUUUUCUCUGUCUGGCUGUUGGCAUUUAGUCCUCAAAUGUGCGAAUAUUUGCGGCGUUAUAAUAUUGUCCCAGUCUUGUCAGACAUUCUUCAGGAGUCUGUGAAAGAAAAAGUAACCAGGAUCAUCCUUGCAGCAUUCCGGAAUCUUCUAGAAAAGUCUACUGAAAGAGAAACCCGCCAAGAGUACGCUCUUGCUAUGAUCCAGUGCAAAGUUCUAAAGCAGCUGGAGAACUUGGAGCAACAGAAAUAUGAUGAUGAAGACAUAAGUGAGGAUAUCAAGUUUCUACUGGAGAAACUUGGGGAGAGUGUCCAGGACCUCAGCUCAUUUGAUGAGUACAGUUCGGAGCUUAAGUCGGGAAGACUAGAGUGGAGUCCUGUGCACAAAUCGGAGAAAUUCUGGCGAGAGAAUGCUGCAAGAUUAAAUGAAAAGAACUAUGAGCUAUUGAAAAUUCUGACAAAGCUCUUGGAGGUAUCGGAUGACCCUCAGGUCCUGGCUGUAGCUGCUCACGAUGUGGGAGAAUAUGUCCGACACUAUCCUCGAGGGAAACGAGUGAUUGAGCAGCUCGGUGGAAAACAGCUCGUAAUGAACCACAUGCAUCACGAAGACCAGCAGGUGCGCUAUAAUGCGUUGCUUGCUGUGCAGAAGCUGAUGGUCCACAACUGGGAAUAUCUUGGGAAGCAGCUACAGUCAGAACAACCUCAAACCGCCACAGCACGGAGCUGAACCUUUCCAUCUGCAUGCUGCGACUCUGUCCUUUGCUGGGUGUUCCUGCAGUAACUACAAAGCUAUCUUGAACUACAAGUGAGAAAAUGAUGUGGUUGCAGUCCUCACAACCUGUUCUGCUGUUGUAUAGGUUUCUUCCCAAUCAUUCUUCCAAUACAGUUGACUGGAAUCAAGCAGUGUGUCUAGAGAACAGUGUGCUAUCUGGUGUCUUUCUGUAUUAUGAAAAUAACUCCCAAAAUAUAGCUGAUAUAUGUGCUACUUUAUUUUAUGUAUUUAUUGUGUCCAA